AUGAAAGUCCACGUUGUGUCAAAGGUAGACAACAAUUUACACGCAGUCACAAGAAUCGAUCAAUCAUCCCAUGAGCAAAAUAUCCUCCUUGGUUCAAGUGUGCGCGUUCAGCCACUGCUCAUCACCCUCAGUUCGAACAAUCUCAGUUAUGCCCGUGGCGGGAACCUACUACACUGGUGGGAUACCUAUCCUGUCCCUGCAGAACUUCCCCAGCCAUACAACGACCAAAAGUCCUGGGGCAUCGUCCCAGCAUGGGGCUACGGCGUAGUCGUAGAAUCAACAACAAAUAUCACCCCAGGAACUAUCCUAUGGGGGUUUUGGCCGACCGCAAGCAUGACCGUCACGCUCAAACUCGAACCAUGUGAGCCAAGGGGUUUCUGGUCCGAGCUCUCGUCCCUCAUUGAUAAAGAUACCCUGAAGCGUUUGUCGUGGAUAUCGGUCUUCCGUCCUACCUGGCAAACAGGAUAUCUCCUCAGUCGCCACACGUUUACUUCGAACCCGACAGUCCGCCCACCGACUCAUCCUUUGGGUAUCAAUCUCCCCUGGACAGAAACGGACGCGGAUAUUUCUGCCGCUGUCGUUGUCAGUCUCGCUGCGUCGAGCAAGACUGCCCGCUCAUUUGCGUAUCACUUGCUCCGCAGAAAUGCUGUGAAGGAAGGACCUGUGGGUUUGCUCCAGGUGUCACGGAGACCAGAGUUGUUGGAGUCCGUUCCCGGAAAGCUAGGUACAGAUAUUCCUGCAAAGUCUAUGGGAUAUGACCAGGUGGGUGAUUCAGUGGAGUGGAUUGGUGAAUUGCGACCGAAGAAGGUUGUAGUUGUUGAUUUUGGCGGACGAGGCGGGGCGCUUGCGCAAUUGAUUGAGGGUAUCCGUGGCCAUUCGGUUCUUACUGAAGUCAAAACGUCGAUUAUCCAGGUUUAUUCCGCCGAUGAAAUCACUGCAAAUCGCGACUCUAUGAAAACAAUGGGCAAGGUCCAAUUCAACACCUCUGCUGUCCGUGAUGCUAUCAUUACACAUACCACUGCGAAGAAUUUCUACGAUCAAGCCCAGAUUUUAUGGGACGAUUGGAUAAGCGUCAGUCAUGACAUCAUGCCUGAUGUUCAGUUAAUGGUUGGCCAUGGGGUCGUCGGCCAUGAAGGUAUUGAGACGGGAUGGAGCAAGCUAUGCCAAGGGAUGGUAGGUGCUGGAGAGGGAUUGGUGUAUAUUAUGUAG